UGAAAAUAUACAAUAAAUUAUUCUUUUCAUUAUUUUCAAGUGAUUUCUUCUUUACAAACAGUUUUCACGGUUUUGACUUUAGAAGUAGCCUACUGGGCCUACAGGUAGUUCAAAAGAGAAUAUCUUAUAGGCUUGUCAACCCCAUCAACAAUAUUGACUGUUGUAUCAUAUUCACAUAAGUAUAUGAUAUGUAGCCUAUACAAAAGGGCUGUGAGGCGUGUCGUACAUUUUGCGUCAUACAGGUACAUCAUAAUACUUGGAGUUCAGGGUGAUCAAUAGUUAAUUUUUGAGAUGUUACUAUCACAGUUAAUGUAUUCUGUGAUUUGUGAAGCUAGAAAAGGUUCCAAUAUUGCUUCUAUCAUAAGAUCAAACGAUACCUUGUUAAAAUUACUCAUUGAGGAGAAGAAAGGUAAAGAAGUAAAUGAAAGAUUUGUGGCUGAUUUUAAGACAUUAGCUGAUGUUUUAAUUCAAGAAAUGGUCCGACAUGAUUUAAGUUUGAAGUAUCCUGGUAUUGAAGAUGAUAUUCAUGGUGAAGAAACCAAUAAAUUUACUAAUGUUAAUGGUGAGACUGUGGUGAUUAAAUUGGGUGAUCAGCCUGAAGAUACAAAACAGUUACUAUUAAAGGUUUUAGAAGGAGAUGAUGAAGUAGCUGGAUUAUUAAGUCACUGUUUACAUACAGAUACUGAACCUGUUACAGAUAGUAAAAUAGACUCUAUACAGUGUUCGUUAGAUAUAGGUGAUAUUGGUAUCUGGAUUGAUCCAAUAGAUUCCACAGCUCAGUUUAUAAAUGGUGAAACAGCGGAAUAUAACUCUCAUGGCUUUGUUGAUGAAGGUUUACAAUGUGUGACAGUUUUGAUUGGUGUGUUCCUCAAAUCAACUGGACUACCCAUAUUUGGUGUUGCAAUACAACCAUUUAGUAACUACACCAAUCAAAGUUGGAAUGAGAAGAUAUUGUGGGGUUUAAGUUAUUGUGAUAUUAAUUUAUCAUCAUUAUCGAAACCAAUAGAACUUGAACAGAAACUGAUUGUAUUGAGCUCCAGUGAAAGUGACAGUGUUAGACAGAAAUUGGCUGAAAAAUAUCAGACCCAAUAUGUAUCUGGAGCUGGGCAUAAACUAAUAUGUACAGCACAAGGCUUGGCCAGUGCUUAUCUGUUAAGCAAGAAGACAAUGUAUAAAUGGGAUUGUUGUGGACCACAUGCCAUCUUACUGUCUCUUGGUGGUGGUGUGGUUAGUUACUCAGACUUGGAAAAAAUAGCCAAAGGUGAUUCGACCGAAAUUCAACAAGUAACAUACAACCAGUCAGAAUCAAAUCAUUUUAAUGGUGUUAUAGCUUAUCAUAAUUUAUACACUUUACUUGAAAUAGUUCAACAUUUACAGUCAUAG